UUGGGAAAAUUUUAGAGAGAGAGAGAGAGAGAGAGAGAGAGAGAGAGAGAGAGAGAGAGAGAGAGAGAGAGAGAACCAAAUUCCAAAUUCCAUUUUUUGCAUAACCAGAGAAAAAGAAAGAAAAAAAGCCAGGAGAAAGAGAGAGAAAGAGGAAGCCUUUUCUUUGGGGCCCCAAAACCCUAGGCAAGGCUUACACUUUUUCUCUCUUCCUUUCCGUCGUUUUCUUGUCUCAAAAAGAAUUGAAUUCGAAUUUGAAGAUUUUUGGUGGCGAAAAAUAUACAAGGAGGAGGCUGAGCGGAGCUGAAUCGAAGAAGAAGAUCGAAAAAUUUGAGAAGGUUGUUUGGAAGAUUGGAUAAAAAAGAAGAAGAAGAAGAAGAAAUGAGCAGUCAGGUUGUUCCAAAGAGGAACAGCGUCAGUCACAAACGUGGUCCUUCCACCGUCAAGAAAUCUGCACCGGCCGAGAAUGGCACCGGAAAUGGCACCUCUAGCAAACCCUCCUCUCCUCCUCACAAUCCGUCUGGAGGUGGGGAAAGGACGGUGAAGAAGCUGAGGUUGUCGAAAGCUCUCACAAUUCCUGAGGGGACGACGGUAUCCGAUGCCUGUCGCCGGAUGGCAGCUCGGCGGGUCGAUGCAGUUCUGUUAACCGAUGCUAAUGCUUUGCUUUCGGGUAUUGUCACUGACAAGGAUAUUGCGUCUAGAGUUAUAGCAGAGGGUUUAAGACCGGAGCAGACGAUAGUAUCAAAGGUUAUGACACGGAAUCCUAUAUUUGUAACUUCUGAUUCCUUGGCAAUUGAAGCUCUUCAAAAAAUGGCCCAAGGUAAAUUUAGGCACCUCCCUGUUGUAGAAAAUGGUGAAGUUAUCGCCUUGUUGGAUAUAACAAAGUGCCUCUAUGAUGCUAUAUCAAGGAUGGAGAAGGCGGCUGAGCAAGGGAGUGCAAUUGCUGCUGCAGUUGAAGGAGUUGAACGCCAAUGGGGGAACAACUUUUCAGCUCCAUAUGCAUUUAUAGAAACUUUGAGGGAGCGAAUGUUCAGGCCUUCCUUAUCAAGCAUCGUUGUUGAAAAUACUAAGGUUGCAACUGUAUUGCCAUCAGAUCCUGUCAAUGUUGCAGCAAGAAAGAUGCGGGAGUUUCGAGUUAAUUCAGUUCUCAUUACAACAGGAAACAAGAUUCAGGGGAUACUUACUUCAAAGGAUAUUCUUAUGCGAGUUGUUGCACAAAAUCUCUCUCCAGAGUUGACUCUGGUGGAAAAGGUAAUGACGCCAAAUCCUGAAUGUUGCACUCUAGAGACGACAAUUCUUGAUGCACUUCAUAUUAUGCAUGAUGGGAAAUUUCUACAUCUUCCUGUUUUAGAUAAAGAUGGAAAUGUUGCUGCUUGUCUGGAUGUUCUGCAAAUAACUCAUGCCGCAAUUUCUAUGGUGGAAAGUAGCUCAGGAGUUAAUGAGGUGGCAAACACUAUGAUGCAGAAGUUUUGGGAUUCAGCACUGGCUUUGGAACCACCUGAUGAUUGUGACUCCCACAGCCAGAGUGAUAUGUCUGCAUUAAUGACUAAUGAUGGGACUGACAUUGUGAAGUCCAACUAUCCUUCUCUUGGUCUUGGAAAUUCAUUCGCCUUCAAAUUUGAGGAUCUCAAAGGUCGCAUGCAUAGACUAAAUUUUGGUACAGAAACCUUAGAGGAGUUGCUAUCUGCUGUCUUACAAAGAAUUGGUGCCAGUGGUGACUCAGAUCGUCCUCAGCUAUUAUAUGAAGAUGAUGAAGGUGAUAAAGUUCUACUUGCAAAUGAUGGCGAUCUUCUUGGUGCUGUCAACCAUGCUCGAUCAGUAGGGCGGAAGGUUUUGAGGUUACAUCUGGACUUCUCUGAUUACAGCCAACAAACAUUAACAGAGCCAGGUACAACAACUGCCCAGAGAACUGGUUGGACAUCAUUUCACUCCAGUAUUUUGGUUGGUGGCGUAGUUUUGACAGCCAUUGGUGUGUCGGUCUACUUAAAACGCGUUAAGCUGUGAGAUUUGCAUUAAAUUAUUAAAAAGAGAAGAAGGGGGGAAGGUACUAAGAUCAGAAAGGUGAUCUUCAAGGGCUUUAUCAGCACUUGGAUUUUUUUUUUUGGCAGUCUUAGGGAAACCCUAGUUCUUCGGUUCACACAUUGAUGGGAGCUGAUAAACUACUAAACGGUAAAUAACACAAAUGGGUAGAUGCAUACAAGUCACAGGAUGAUGCGUUUUGUGAUUGGAGGAGAGUUUCUCAUGGUAUUGUGGACAGGAGGGGUAAGAGUGUUUGGCAAAAGAGGGGGGGAAAAAAUGAAGGCAGAGCUGUUACAUAUCUAGGAAUAGGCAUGGUGCUACCACAUUGCAUAUUGUCUUGAUAUCUUCCAACCACAGUUUCUUCUAUUUUCGAUGUCGAAUUUUGUGAUGUCUAUUGUACAUCCCCUGUAUUUUUAACCUGGCUUUGGAUUAAUUCUAUUCUACUUUACUGUAUAAAGGUGAUUUAAACACCAGCAAGACGAAGAAAAUGAAAAAUCAUGAGAGGUUCUGAUUCA